AUGUCUAGCAACCCACCCGUCGUGUCCUCGUCCAAGGCUUCUGCACCUUCUGGACCCGCUUCACCCGCCCAGAACCAGACACCGUCCAUCAGUACCAGUAGCUUCUUCGCACAGCCGCGGGGUAGUGGCGCGCCGGCGCGAUCAUCACCCACUCCCCGGAACACGCAGCAGCAGAAGAAGCAGCACAAAGGCUCGAAGCGAUUCAGGCAGACGGACGAGGAUGCCAUUGUCGAGUCUCUCGCCAUGCGUCCAUUUAACAAUCGCAAGGGGCAGACGUCUAUUACCCACCUCAUGAACUUUAGUCUGCCGCCACGCCCAACCAACCACCAGUCGCAUGGCUAUGCAAGGAACUAUCGGCGCAACCCGACCUGGGGUCUUGGCUCGGGUUACCACGCCGUCGACAAGGCGAGAUAUGUGCACGCCAACUACCGCUUUAUCGUAGACCCGCGCGGCGAUUAUCGCGCGCAAAGCGUCGAUGCUGAUAUCCACCUGGACUGGAACAACGUCCUGCAGAUAUUGGCAUCGGAGCUUUCACAAGAGGCCUCCUGCCCUAUCUGCCUAGGGACUCCAGUAGCCCCGAGGAUGGCCAGAUGUGGCCAUAUCUUCUGUCUCCCAUGUCUCAUCCGCUACAUGCAUUCCGAAGACGAGGGCAAGGCUCCCGAGAAAAGGGCACGUUCAAAGAAGUGCCCGCUGUGCUUUGACACCAUAUAUGCAUCCGAAACUAGACCAGUGCGCUGGUACACAGGACAGGAGGGUGAGCCUCCCAGAGAGGGAGGCGACGUAGUACUUCGCUUGGUUGUCAGAUCCGCUGGAAGCACCCUGGCUAUGCCUCGUGAUGGAGCGGAUGCUCUGAGUAAAGACGAGGAUAUUCCCUGGUACCAUGCCGCCGAGGUUACCGACUACGCCCGUGUGAUGCGGGGCGGGGAGGACUACAUGUUAGAACAACUCGAUCAGGAGAUUCUGAAGCUUGAGCAGCAAGGGAAAGAAGAUGAGGUCAUGUUUGCCGAAGACAGCAUGGAGUGGACGAAAAAGGCAAUCAAAAAUAUACGAGAUGCCAAAGAAAAGCUAAAGGGAAUCGGAAAUCCGCCAGAAGAACCAGUCAAACCAGCAGAACCGAAGAUGAAGAGAGCACCAAUCGUUUUCGACGAGGGUGCCGCACCAGAGAUGUACACGAUACAGAACGCUUCCAAGUCUGGCCAGGAUUUCACCCCAAUACCGAACGCCUCCGAGGCUGAUGUCACUCAAAGCAAAGACAGGACGGUGUCCAUGUCAUCGCACUCCUCUGCGGCAAGUCAUGGGAUAUCUCUUACGCUUGCGGAGCUUCGCAAUCGACAACAACACGAGCACCACAAGACGCCAUCCGAGUACUUCUUUUACCAAGCAUUACUGCAUUACUAUCUAUCUCCAUUAGACAUUCGCAUCUUGAAAGCGGCUUUUGGCAAUUUUGCGUCAUUUCCUUCAACGAUCCUUCCUCGGGUUGAGCACGUGUCUACAGGACAUGUAGUUGACGAUGAGUUGCGGAAGCGCACAAAGUAUUUGGCGCAUCUACCGUAUGGCUGCGAGGUUGGCUUUCUCGAAUGUGAUUGGACCGACACUGUCGCCCCAGAAGUGUUGGAGCGCUUCAGGCCCGAGAUUGAGAAGAGGCGAAAGAAGCACACCGAAAAAGAGACCAAGGAGGAGAAGGCGCGGCAACGUGCGGAAAAGGCCGAAUACGCCGAGUUUGCAUCUGCGCGCAGGAGGCGCCCGAGCAUGACGGAGAGGUUCUCUGCCGACGACUUCCAGCCUUUAGCGUCAGGAAGCAUGUCUGACGCACAUCCGACGACAGACGGAGACAACCCUUCGACGUCGCCGCCCUGGCCACCACGCCGGGGCGAUGGUUUCGCUUCAUUGGCAUCUCCUUCGUCAAGCCCGUCAGCGCCACGGACAGUAUGGGGUACGGCGGUAGUUGCUGGCACAUCCCCCGUUCUCGGGCCACAAGAUCAUCACGACGGCGAUGAUGGAUGGCUACAGGGCUGGGAGAAGGAUCUGCUUGCCGAAGAAGACAUGAUUGCCCAAGCACAGGCCAUGUCUCUGGGUGAAAGCGAAGAGACGCCGAAGAAGCAGGCUGGUGGGAAGAAGAAGAAGGGAAAGAAAAUUACUUUGAUGAGUACAAAUGUGAGGCGGGGAGCAUAG